GGUCUGACAUUCACUCAGUCCAUUACUUCAUACUAGUCCUCGUCUCUGGAUCUGGCGAGCAGCGGCAGCCGAAAGCCACAAAACCCUCUCCGGCCGUCGUAUUUUUCUUUGCAAUCUCAUCUCUUUGAGAAACUCAAAUACCUUGAAUCAUGGCUAUGAAAUCCGCGGCCUCGGCUGCUCUUCGGGGCCUCAGGAGUUUCUCUUCCAGAAGUUCUAUUUCAGCUCCGAUCAAUAAGGAGCCCACCUCCGACCUCUUAGUUUCUGAUAUAGCUGGGACAUAUGGUCGGACAUUACGUGAACGAAUGACAAAUUACAUGGCUACCCUUGACAUCAAUUCACAAAUUGGAAGCUGUAUGCCACUUUCUGCUAUGCGCAUUGGUACGAUUAUCCACAACAUCGAGAUGAAUCCAGGUCAAGGUGGGAAGCUCGUGCGGGCAGCAGGAACAUGUGCAAAGAUAUUAAAAGAGCCAACGUCAAGAUACUGCCUGGUGAGACUCCCAUCAGGUACAGAGAAGUUGAUUGACUCUAAGUGCAGGGCGACAAUCGGUCAGGUGUCUAACCCAAGCCAUGGAACCCGAAAACUGAGAAAGGCAGGGCAAAGCCGGUGGUUGGGUCGACGACCAGUGGUUCGAGGAGUGGCGAUGAACCCGGUGGAUCAUCCUCAUGGAGGAGGUGAGGGUAGGAGCAAGAGUAGUGGGAGCUUUGGGAAGGGGUCUCGCACACCCUGGGGGAAGCCAACUAAGUGUGGUUACAAGACUGGACCUCUCAAACGCAAAAAAUAGAGCAACCAGUUGUUGGAGAGGAUAGUGUGAAAUGUUCUCUUUUUAGGCUUUUUGUAAUUUGUACUUUUGUUUAGAACAAAAGAAUAUUGCUUAACUUUAAAAAUUUUCGAUAAUA